AUGAAGUUACUCAUCUUCCUCACAGUAACCUUGGGCACACUUGUCACGGGACUAGAGUGUGCUUAUAGCUGGAAGUACUACAAGCUGUAUAAGCGCAGAUCAGAAUACAAGGAAUGCCCUUGUUUGAAUGGAGGAACAUGCAUUACCUAUUAUCUCUUUAGUGGAAUUGGUCGUUGCAUAUGUCCAGAUGGAUACGCUGGGAUUCACUGUGAACUAGACACUGACAGCACAUGCUAUACUGAGAAUGGGGAGGACUACAGAGGGAUGGCAACAGAAGAGAAAUGUCUGCCAUGGAACUUGCCCUCACUAAUCAGGAGAGGUCGUUACCACGCUUACUCAGAGAAUGCUUUGCAGCUUGGGCUGGGCAAACACAGCUACUGCAGAAACCCAAAUGGAAGGAGCAGGCCCUGGUGUUACACCAAAAAGGGAUCUGCUGUUCAAGAAACACCUUGCAACAUAGAGAAGUGUGGACCUACAUGUGGUCAAAGGAGUAUCAGCAAGACCUUCAAGAUUGUUGGUGGAAGGCAGGCAGAGGUUGAGUCUCAGCCUUGGAUAGCUGGCAUCUUCCAAACCAUACGGGGCAUGGACCACUUCCUGUGUGGAGGCAGCCUCAUCGACCCUUGCUGGGUGCUCACAGCAGCACACUGUUUCCACACUCUGUCAAGAAGGCCAAUAAACAAAUCUGUCUACAAAGUCUUCCUUGGAAAGUCCAUACUGAAUGUUACUGAUGAUAAAGAACAAGUAUUCAUGGUUGACGAGAUCAUCUCUCACCCUGACUUCACAGAUGACACAGGUGGCAAUGAGAAUGAUAUUGCUUUGAUAAGGAUAAGGACAACUUCUGGACAGUGUGCAGUAGAAUCCAAGUAUGUCAGAACAGUCUGCUUGCCAGAGAGGAACCUUUACUUAAAAGAGAAUACCCACUGUGAAAUAGCUGGCUAUGGAAAACAAGAUUUUUAUGACAUCUUCUAUGCUCAAAGACUGAUGUCAGCCACUGUGAACUUAAUAUCACAGAGAAAAUGCAAAUAUGAAUACUAUGACCAUAUUAGAGUUACUGACAAUAUGGUCUGUGCUGGGGAUCCCAUGUGGCAGAUUGAUGCCUGCAAGGGAGAUUCCGGUGGCCCCAUGGUCUGUGAGCACAAUGGCAGGAUGAUGGUUUAUGGAAUUGUCAGCUGGGGAGACGGCUGUGCAAAGGAAAACAAGCCUGGUGUUUACACCAGAGUUACUCAAUACCUUAACUGGAUUGACUCCAGCAUGAAUGGGUUAGCUGCCAAGAGUCGUUUUCUUCCUGAACCAAAGUGA